AAUCCCAUACAAUUUCUGCAUGAAAAUACUAAAAAUGCUUUAGGCAGUUUCAAAGUGGUGGUCCGAACUCAAGAAGCUAAAUGCAGCUUUUGAACAGACCCUGAAUACAUACUACGACCACUUGGGAAUCCGUUCUUUUGCUAAGAUAGCAUCGGAUUUGACAACGGAAGUUGGCUGCGCUUACGCCACAUGUGAUGGUGGAAAUACAAACGUUGUCUGUUAUUAUACAACCACAUUGGCAAAUGCAAAGAAACUUUACACAAUGGGACCAACAUGCAAACAAUGUGCCGGAGGUGUGGAUACCUGCAUGAAUGGAUUGUGUCCAGUCAAUGUGACAGUGACAGUGACAGCAUAA